AUGGCCUCCUCAAGAGCAUUGUUCAACCCCACACUGACUGCCCAUAUCUCAAGGGCAGCUAGCAAGGGCUUUUCCUCGACAGCCACAACAGCUGGUCUGAGAACCAGUUACGUCGCCUUGAAUCCAUUCAACGCAUCAUCGCGACGGAAUUUCUCGGUUUCUCACAAAGCUCAACUAGAUUUCUUCCCUCCACCAAGGGAUCUACCAAAUAUCAAACAAACUCCUGCAUCAUGGCCUCACCCAACAGCUACUGAUGAACAACUAAAGGCCAUCCAGGUCGAUCAUCGUGAGCCAAAGACAUUUUCCGAUACAAUAGCGUACAACACGGUUCGCCUUCUUCGAUGGGGGACAGAUAUUGCCACUGGCUACCGUCAUGAUCCAAACAAGCCAUAUGUCAUGAACGAGCGGAAGUGGUUGAUUCGAUUCAUCUUUCUCGAGACAGUUGCCGGAGUGCCUGGGAUGAUGGCAGGGAUGCUCCGACACUUCCGAAGUCUUAGGAGAAUGAAGAGAGAUAAUGGAUGGAUCGAGACGAUGCUUGAAGAUGCAUACAAUGAGCGGAUGCAUUUGCUCACGUUCCUCAAGAUGGCUGAGCCCGGCUGGUUCAUGAAACUCAUGAUUCUCGGAGCCCAGGGAGUUUUCAGCAACGGUUUCUUCCUCGCAUAUCUUCUCUCGCCCAAGACCUGUCACCGUUUCGUGGGUUAUCUAGAGGAGGAGGCGACAAAGACUUACAGCUUUGCCAUUGAAGAUCUGGAAAGUGGCAAAUUACCCGGCUGGGAGAAGCUCGAAGCACCAGAGAUCGCCGUCAAGUAUUGGAACAUGCCAGAAGGCAAGAGGGACAUGAAGUCUCUCCUCUAUUACAUCCGAGCCGACGAGGCAAAGCACCGAGAAAUCCACCACACCUUGGGCAACCUCAACCAAGCUGAAGAUCCCAACCCGUUUGUCUCGGAAUACAAGGAUCCUUCAAAGCCACAUCCUGGCAAAGGCAUCGAACAUAUCAAAUCCAAAGGCUGGGAACGAGAAGAAGUGAUCUAA